GUGGAGCAGAUCCGCAGGGACAUUCGGGACUUCAAGGAGACCAGUGGGGUGGACAAAGUCAUCGUCCUGUGGACAGCCAACACCGAACGUUUCUGCGACGUCGUGCCAGGGCUCAACGACACUGCUGACAACCUGCUGAAGGCCAUCGAGCAAGGAGGCCUGGAGGUGUCUCCAUCCACGCUCUUCGCCGUGGCCAGCAUCCUGGAGGGCUGUGCCUACAUCAAUGGGUCCCCCCAGAACACCUUCGUGCCCGGGGCGGUGGAAUUGGCCUCGCAGCGCCGAGUCUUCAUCGGUGGAGACGACUUCAAGUCGGGCCAGACCAAGCUGAAGUCGGUGCUGGUGGAUUUCUUGGUGGGCGCUGGCCUCAAGACCAAAUCCAUCGUCAGCUACAACCACCUGGGGAACAACGAUGGGAAGAACCUGUCGGCGCCGCAGCAGUUUCGCUCCAAGGAGAUCUCCAAGAGCAACGUGGUGGAUGAUACAGUCCAGGCCAAUCCUAUCCUCUAUGGACCCCAGGACAAGCCUGACCACUGCGUGGUGAUCAAGUACGUGCCCUACGUGGGCGACAGCAAGCGAGCGCUGGACGAGUACACGUCGGAGAUCAUGAUGGGUGGCACCAACACCAUCGUCAUCCACAACACCUGUGAGGACUCGCUGCUGGCCAGUCCCAUCAUCCUGGACUUGGCCAUCCUGACAGAGCUGUGCCAACGCAUCACCUUCUGCACCGAGGCUGAUCCGGAAUUCCAAGGUUUCCACAGUGUCCUGUCCAUCCUUGCCUUCCUCUGCAAGGCUCCUCUGGUGCCCGAGGGCACUCCCGUGAUCCUGGUACCCAGUGCCCAGGGGGUUCUACACCAGUGUGUCCCAGUGCCAGUGUGUCCCAGUGCCCAGGGGAUCUACACUGGUGUGUUCCAGUGCCCAAUGCUCAAGGGACUCCCAGUGCCAGUGGGUCCUAGUGCCCAGGCCUGCCUGGGGCUGCCCCCCCAGAACCACAUGCUGCUGGAGCACAAGAUGCAGCGCCCCCCCCCGCCCCAAAC